UCAGUUUAUGAAAAAGUUGCAACGAUGCCAUUCCUCAAUGUUCAUCAUUUGCCAACGAAAUCUUCUCCUCCUUUAUCAUCUAGAAUUGAAAUACUUGCGUAAUAUUAAAAUUAACGUUGAGAAACCCAAUAGAAAUUUCCGAAAAUUCACCAAACCAUGUAUUAAUUUUGUUUUAAUGGUCGAUGGUUUAAAAAUGUUUUGACUUCAUUGUAUUAAUCGACAAAUCCAAGUUUAAUAAUCAUCGAUGACGCUAGAAUCGGAUCUUAUCGAUUCCCCUGGAGCUGCAAUUACCGAGCUUUCCAUUCUAUGGCCAUAGCCUUCUCCUUCUCGCCUCCUCUGGAUCUACACCGCCAUCGCCUUCUUCCACAACAUCGAACUUUUCCAACUCUUCCCAUUUCUUCAUACCCAUUUCCCCUUUUCCUCAAGAAUCAAUCCUUCAAAACUUCAUCAGCUCCCCUUCAUUCCUCACCCACGACAUUGGACUCUUCGCUUCUCGAUGACCCACUUCGGACUGGUCGAUUUCUGACCAACGAUGAGUUUGAGAAGCUCAAGUUGCUUGGGGAUUUUGGGUAUUUUAAGGAAUUGGAAUCUGGGUUUAUUUGGGUUCGGGUUAUGAGAGAUGAUGAACUUGAUGCCACUGUUGGGUUACUCGCUGAAUCAUUUGCAGAGUCAAUGUUCUGGCCUUCUAGCUAUAUUUCUUUGCUGAGGUUUUUGGUUAAACAGUAUUUGAUUGAAAGAAGGGCUCUGAUGCCACACACAGCCACACUUAUUGGAUUUUAUAAACGCAAAGAUGCAGAUGAAGAAGAGGCUGAACAGUUGGCUGGCACAGUGGAGGUUUGCUUUGAUAAGAGAGGUGCUAAUGCAUCGCCCCCCACUCCCACACCUCCUAAGGAUUCGCCUUACAUAUGCAACAUGACAGUUCAAAAGGAGCUUCGGAGGAGGGGUAUUGGGUGGCAUCUUUUGAAGGCUGGUGAGGAAUUGAUUUCACAAAUGAGUACCUCGAGGGAGGUGUACCUGCAUUGUAGAAUGAUUGACAAUGCUCCUUUCAACAUGUAUACAAAAGCUGGCUAUAGCGUUGUGCAGACUGAUACCAUAAUAAUCUUGUUGAUGCUGCAGAGGCGCAAGCACUUGAUGCGCAAGAAGCUUCCUGCCAUGACCAGGAGCAGUCCUUCUGAAUCAGAUGUACCAAUUUCUCUUGAAGGAUGAAGUUGUGAAUGGUAUAGAAAACUUGCUGCACUUUCUACUGAGGUAGAUAACAUUAUGGGCUUAUUAUUACCCUGCCACUUCUACUAAUUUCCCCCCUUUUUCCUCUUUGAAGCUAAGAAUUUUGCUUGUAAAAUUACUCUGUACAUAUUUGUAGAUUACAGACUAUAACUUCGAGAUCCUUUUCAAUCAACUUCUUUCUUGAUAAUCUUUUGUCAAGAAAGUAUACUUGUGAAAGUUGGAAUUCAAUCCUUUCAAUAACUAUGUUCGGUAAGCUCUUUAUGUUAUUGGAAAGUUGCUGAUCAAAGUUAAAAAUUAUUUAAUGAGAUAGUGUAAAGUAAGUAGCUGUGAAGAAGCAUUGGAAUGAAUGAUUCUAGAAGUAAACAAUUAUUCUUCUCAGCAUUUUUGAGGUGCAAGCUCGCUCCCUUAGUCUGAAGCUUCACAUCCCUGAAGUUUGCUGAAGUUUGAGACGAGCAACUCAAAGAGUUGCCCGAUUUGAUAGCAUAGACUGAGCAUGAAUACACCUUCAAUAGAUACAGAGUAAUAGCAAAAAGUGUAGUAAGUCACAUGAUUUAGCAUGUGGAUUGCUAUCUAUGUUAUUGUUGGACAAUAAUAUACAGGGGCCUUUUCAGGUAAAUGCCUCAGGAAUUAUAGCUGAUUAUCUCACACAACUAUCAAGUACCAAGGCAAAAUACCCCUUGGAAAAACCUUGCCAUUGUCAAUCCUCAAUCCCAAGUUGCUUGUCUGGUUGUGUUUGUUGCUGCCAACAGAAGUCCUCAUUGGCUACUAUGCAAUACUGUUUCUCUUGUACUGUUAUGGGCAUUUCUUUAAAUACUUGAUUCAUUAGAACGUUGUGCUUUUUCACGUCUGUUGAACUAUUAA